AUGGCGGCCUUCAGCAAGUACCUGACCGUGCGGAACUGCUCGCUGGCGGGGGCCACGUUCCUGCUGCUUUGCCUGCUCCACAAGCGGCGCCGCGCCCUCGGCCUGCACGGUAAGAAAAAUGGAAAACCACCAUUACAGAACAAUGAGAAAGAGGGGAAAAGAGAGCGAGCUAUGGUGGACAGGGUGUUUUUUUCAAGACUCAUGCGAAUUCUGAAAAUCAUGGUACCUAAAACAUUUUGUAAAGAGACAGGUUACUUGAUACUUAUUGCUGUUAUGCUGGUGUCUCGAACAUACUGUGAUGUUUGGAUGAUCCAAAAUGGGACACUCAUUGAAAGUGGUAUCAUUGGUCGUAGCAGAAAAGAUUUCAAGAAAUACUUAUUCAACUUCAUCGCUGCUAUGCCUCUUAUUUCUCUGGUUAAUAACUUCUUGAAGUUUGGGUUAAAUGAGCUCAAACUGUGCUUCCGAGUAAGAUUAACCAAGUACCUCUAUGAGGAGUAUCUCCAAGCUUUCACAUAUUAUAAAAUGGGAAAUCUGGACAACAGAAUAGCCAAUCCAGACCAGCUACUUACACAAGAUGUAGAAAAGUUUUGUAACAGUGUAGUUGAUCUGUAUUCAAAUCUUAGUAAGCCAUUUUUAGACAUAGUUUUGUAUAUCUUCAGGUUAACCAGUGCAAUAGGAGCUCAGGGCCCAGCAAGCAUGAUGGCCUACUUGCUUGUUUCUGGGCUAUUCCUAACUCGAAUUAGAAGACCCAUUGGUAAGAUGACAAUAAUUGAGCAAAAACUUGAAGGAGAGUAUAGAUACGUUAAUUCUCGGCUCAUCACAAACAGUGAAGAAGUUGCCUUUUACAAUGGAAAUAAAAGAGAAAAGCAGACAAUCCACUCAGUCUUCCAAAAACUGGUGGAGCACCUACAUAAUUUCAUUUUGUUUCGGUUUUCUAUGGGCUUCAUUGACAGUAUAAUUGCCAAAUAUCUUGCCACUGUGGUUGGUUACCUAGUCGUCAGUCGUCCUUUCUUAGAUUUGUCUCAUCCUCGACAUCUUAAGAGCUCACAUUCGGAACUUCUGGAGGAUUACUACCAAAGUGGAAGAAUGCUUUUGCGAAUGUCUCAAGCUCUGGGUCGAAUAGUUUUGGCUGGCCGUGAAAUGACUCGAUUGGCUGGCUUUACUGCUCGGAUUACAGAAUUAAUGCAAGUACUAAAGGAUUUAAAUCAGGGCAAAUAUGAACGCACUAUGGUCUCACAACAGGAAAAGGCACAAGACCUUCCCUUGAUACCUGGAAUUGGAGAAAUCAUCAAUACAGAUAACAUUAUAAAAUUUGAUCAUGUUCCUUUAGCAACGCCAAAUGGAGAUAUCUUGAUUCGAGACCUUAAUUUUGAAGUUCGAUCUGGGGCCAACGUUCUAAUCUGUGGUCCAAAUGGCUGUGGAAAGAGUUCACUUUUCCGUGUUCUUGGUGAAUUAUGGCCUCUUUUUGGAGGACGUCUAACUAAACCUGAGAGAGGAAAGUUAUUUUAUGUUCCUCAGAGACCUUAUAUGACCCUUGGAACACUUCGAGACCAAGUGAUAUAUCCAGAUGGAAAGGAAGAUCAGAAAAAGAAGGGGAUUUCUGACCUCGUGCUGAAGGAAUACUUAGAUAAUGUCCAGUUGAGUCAUAUCCUUGAACGUGAAGGUGGCUGGGACAGUGUUCAGGACUGGAUGGAUGUGCUGAGUGGUGGAGAGAAGCAGAGAAUGGCGAUGGCAAGAUUAUUUUAUCAUAAGCCCCAGUUUGCUAUUUUGGAUGAAUGUACAAGUGCAGUUAGCGUGGAUGUGGAAGACUACAUUUACAGUCAUUGUCGAAAGGUUGGCAUUACCCUCUUCACAGUGUCACAUAGAAAAUCUCUUUGGAAACACCAUGAGUACUACCUGCAUAUGGAUGGCAGAGGCAAUUAUGAAUUCAAACAGAUAACAGAAGAUACCGUUGAAUUUGGCUCCUAG